AUGGGCAGCCGGGCGUUGAUCGAAAAAGCGCUGCCGGCGCUGAAAAAACGGUUUAUCGGCGUCGUUUGUUCGAGACUCCCUUUCGAGGGUCCAGAGCAUGACUUGGCCUUAUACCGAACCAGGCAGGUACAUUUUUAUCUUUUUCCUUUCCUUUUUCUUCAAUUCAAAGGGGGAAUUUUAAUUGGUUUCCUGAAAGAUAUAUCGUAUUAAAAAGUUCUUUCUUACUGAUUUUAUUUUUAAAAUUAAUUUUGAAAAAAGUGAAGUUACAAAUUAGUCCUCAAUUUACGAAAAAUACGAAUAUUUCCUAUUUAUCAGUUGAAAAGCUAACUCGAUUGUCCAGAUCUGAGAAAGGAAGUUAAAAACUACAUUUUUUUUUUCUUUUGCACUCGAGAAAGUUUCUAAUUUGACUGUUUCCUGCCUCUCAAAAGGUACACUGCAGCUGUUCGACUACACGGUCGUCGGUGGGAAAUACGCGAGAGCGACUCUUUCGCUCGACGCGACGCGAGCCUUGCAGCCGCAUCUGCAGCCCGAAAGCCGCGAGAUGAGCGCCAUCGCCGUCGCUUCCUCCACCAUGGAGAUGGUACGGCUCCAGCGGAGCUCGGAAAUGAUUCCUCCUCAGAUACAAAGCUACUAUCUGAUCGCGGACGACAUCAUGGACAAGUCUGAGAUGAGAAGAGGAAAGCCCUGCUGGUACAAGCAGGUGAGCCUCUGUCAACAAAGGCUUCUUCAUAGUUUUGUCAAGUUUUUUCGGGACAAAUAACCCCCUCAUCUCCUUAUUCACAAGCCUAUUAUUUGUCACGGUCGAACUUGACAAAUCUAUGAGGAAGCCUGCAUUAAAAACAAAAAUAGAGACGUAACAAAAAUCGAAUCAAAAGCCUCUCUUUUAUAUGCGAAAUCAUUAUAGAAUAACACCCACGUUCCCAGAAAUAUUUUAAACAACCAUUCACACAAUAAACAUUUUAUGGGAACAAAUCGAUUUUUGGGAAAGAGAAAAGAUCGCUUUGCGACACAAAACCUUAUCAUAGGAAAAUGUCUGAAAUGUGGUCAAACUUCCGUGGUAGGUAGUCCAAGAGAGAAGUUCAGGUACAAGUUUUUAUUGAGUGGCAUUUAUUAUCAAGAAAAUUCAGUCAUACUGCUUCUCUCACUUACCCAGUCAGAAUCCCACUUUUCCAGCCAGGAAUCGGGUUCAGUGCGAUAAACGACGCUUUCCUGCUGGACUCCGUCGUGGAGGACAUUCUGAGGGCCGAACUUCCAGGCCACGUCAAUAUCGACCGGGUCUGCGAAGCGUACAGAAGGGUCGGUCAGAAAUUCCGUCUGAAUGACGGAUCGAAGGAUCUCAGGCGAAGCAGAAGACGUUGGUCGGUCAGAUGCUGGACACCUCUUCCUGUGGCCAAGUCGAGUCGUUCACCUGGGACAGGUGAGGGGGAUAUUGCUCAUGUUAGCCACGACCAUUCUCUCAGAUACGAGUUGAUCGUCGAGAACAAGACCUCGCACUACUCCGUCUUCCAUCCGAUCGAGCAGGCGUUGCUCAUUUCCGACGUCUUGGCCUUUCACGGCGACGUCAAACGUGUCGCCUACCAAAUCGGAUUUUUGUUCCAGUCCCAGGUCCUCAAUACGACAUUCACUGAGGAGUUUUCGACAAGAAUUAAGUCUAGCAACUGAAAAACAAAUCUUAUAAGCUUCCUUGUGAGAACAUCUAUUUUCUUUUCUAAGAAACUUUUUCGCAAGUGAGUUUUUAAUGUUAAUUCAACCUCUUCAGAAAUUUUUUUUUUAACCUCGAAAAAGAUUCUAGAGCAUCUCAUCUAGAGGAUUACAAAAAAAAAAUCUAAUCUCUAUAUCAGUAAUUUAAAACGCAUUUCCGGCAUUUCAGGACGACAUUCUCGACGUCUACGGCGAUCCCGAAACGACCGGCAAAAUUGGAACAGACAUCGAAGACGGGAAAUGCACGUGGCUGACAGUCAGAGCUCUUCAGAAGAUCCAGUCGGCUCAGAAUCGCGAUCUUUUCGAAAAGUUCAAAGUGAAUAUUUCUCAUCAAAACUUCGCAAAAGAAAUUGACAAGUUUUGGAACUUUUCUGAUAAAAGAGUUCUCAGAGAACAAAAAAAAAUAUUGAUUUCAGAAAAACUAUGGAAAGCCUGAAAAAGAAGCCGGAGACAUCGUGAAACAAAUGUUCAGAGAUUUGCGACUUCUGGAUGAAUUCCGAGUAUUCGAAUCGAAGUUUGCCGAACAGGUUUGGCUAAAUUUCAGUUGGACCUUUUUUCUCAUCUCUGAGGACAGUAGUUAGUUUGAAAGUGCGUCUCAAACUUCCAGAUUUCAACGAGCAUUGAGAAUUUGCCUGAAGAAGUUGGACUGCUGCGGCCAAUCCUCAACGAUUUUGUCGGAAAAAUGAGAGCCCGCAAAUAUUAA